AUGCUCGUCUUUGUGGUGGUAAGGCUAGGUUAAGCACUAGGUCUUGGGUUAAGGCUAGAGCUAAGGUUAAAGCUAGGGUUACGGCUAGGGCUUGGACUAAGGUUAAGGCUAGGGUUUAGGGUUAAAGAUUGAGCUAGUGUUAAAGCUAGGGAUAAGGCUAUGGGUUGAGCUAAAAACUUUUUUUUUAAUUUUUGAAAAAAAAAUUAAAAAAAAGCUUACUUCCAAAAAACAUUUUUGUUGUGUUUUGAGUAUAUAUCACUUCUGUAAUGGAAUUCUAAUUAGUGCAAAAAUAGCAUCAAGUCUCCAAUUUUUGUCUCCAAAACGCCACAUUUAGAAUACAAAACAUACUGUGCCAAAACAGCCUAUUUUUGUUUAUUUGUAAAUAUUUAAAAGUCUGGAUCGUAUUGUAUUACGUGCAUAUUUUACAUUUUCAAGGAUUUUAAGGAUUAACGUUGGGGCUAGGUAGAAUAAGGCAUUUUUAAGGUAGUACUGGGAAUAUAUUAAGUAAAAAUUGCAGUCAGAAGGGUUGGAGAUAAGUGAGGCUAAGGUAGUAUUAAGGCCAAUGCCAAGGCUAAAGCGAAUAGUAAGGCUAGGGCUAAGGCUAAGGCUAAGGCUAAGGCUAAGGCUAAGGCUAAGGCUAAGGCUAAGGCUAGGGCUAGGGCUAAGGCUAAGUCUAAGGCUCAGGCUAAAACUAAGGCAAAGGCUUCUCAGGCUAAAGCUAAGACUCAGGCUAAAAUCAAGACACAAGGCUAA